UCCUUCCUUGUCUUUCGUCCCCAUCCUUCUCAGUCCCACCAUCGUCCCUGCCGGAGAGCAAGUAGGCAAUGCCGUGCUGUCAAUCGGUGCUCAGCGCCGCCGUCGCCGCCGCUCGCAGCACGCCGUCAUGGCUGCACCGGCUGCACGCCAAAGAGGGCCUCUCCUUCCCCUCCCACCUCAACAUCGACGACCUCCUCUACGGGGCCCCACCCCAGUCUCCCCUGACCCUGCCCCCGCCUCCGCCGCUUCUUUCCUCCAAUCACCCCACCAACCCCGCCGUCGUCAAGGAGCAGCCUCCCAAGGCCGCUAAGCCCAAGCAGCAGCGACCGCCGCGCAAUCCUUCGCGACCAAACCCUAGCUCCAACAAUUCCCCGCAGCUGCAGCUCAGCGCCGUGAUCUCCGACGUCUUCGCGAUCCCGUCCUCUGCUCCGCUAGACGCCCCGCCGCCCAAGGCCUUCAGAAAGCAGUCCCGGCCCCGCCCGAGAACCGACGAUGACCAGCCGAUCCCUGUUCCUCCACCAUCUCGCCCCCACAAGGAGAAGAAGGACAAGAGUGCCAAGGCCAAGAAGCGCCGCCGGGCCGAGCGCGCUGCGGAUGCCGACGGAGAGAAGUGCAGCAAGACCGACGUCACCGUCAUCGACACCAGCACCGACGGCUGGAAGGCAGCCAAGCUGCUCAUCCGCAGGGGCGACUCCUGGAAGGUCCGCGACAAGAAGCCCUCGGCAGUGUCGGAACCGGAAGAUGCCCUCGCCAAGGGCAAAAGGAGAGCUGGCCUUGUCGCCAAGCUGCAGAGAGACAAAGAGAAGGAGAAGCAGAAGGAUAAAGAAGCAACCUUAUCAGGAGACAUUCAUGCUGGUAGUGGAGAUGUGAUGAAAGAAUCUGAUGAUCCCAUUCAAACUCCGAAAAGAUCUUAGAUGUUCUGAACCAGAACCAGAAGGCCAAAUCGCAGCAAUUCUUUAUGGACUAAAUACAGGCAAGAAGUAUGGGCGAAGACAGCCCUAUAGGUGACUUGAGAGGGAAAUGAGAUCUCAUAGAGACAACAUUGUCAUUACAUUGGGAUCAACAUAUUCAGUUUUAUUAUUGCCCAAUUUAUCUUCUAGAUUGAUUCAUGUUAGAUGUUCUGUAGCUGGAAGGGGUAUCAUGUUUGUAGAUGAACCAUUGCGAAUGCGAGGUCAUCUAAAUGUUUUUUUUGUUUUGGUAGAAAAGUGCAAGCUCAUCUAAAUGUCACUGUUAGCUACUGUUGGAGUUGUUGGGGGGGGGGGGGGGGCGGUGUUUGAUUCGUUUAGUCUGUUUGGCCUUUAAGUCGUACUGCAACUCAGCUGGGUACUGUAAAUGGUAUGUUUAUAUUGGUAGCUCAGUUGCUGUACAAUUUCGUUUGGUAUUUGGCCAAGUGUUUCAUGUAAGAAUUCAAUAAUUGAUGGAACGGUAAAUGCUGUUUAUGUGAUUUCAUUUGGUGCA